AUGAGCCGCAAGCUUGUUUGGUUCUCGCUGGCUGCUGCUGGCAUGAUUGGUUUGUUGAGCCUGGUAAUCGCCGGACUCGUGGGCGCCUUCGCUGAAGCAGAGGAGCCCACACUGCCAGGAUCUGCGGUGAUACGCCGCUUGGAAGAGCAAGCGAAUCCCUUCACAGGCAAGCAGUUCUACGUCAAUCCCAGCUACAG